AUUACCCUCUUCGUGCUUGUCGUUCAGGAAACUCCUCCGCUUCUUGAUCGAAGAAGACUGCUGGGUUUGACUUUCUUAUCGCGCUGUUCACUCAUAUUAGUUGGUGUUGCACUCGAAUUUGCUUUAGCCUGGGCUGCUAUUCUUCAUUCCACACUCAGUGGUUGCAUCGACCCAUAAUCAUAAUGUACGAUCGCACUUGAGGCCACCAUGCAGAUCUGAAAUACACCUCACUUGUUAUCAUUUUCGCCUAUAUUCCAAUCCUCUCACACCAUACUUUACUUCUUGUCAUAAUGGGUACGAGAGCCUCAACCGAUCGAAGCGUCAGCUUUGAUGCAGACGUCACCAAAGCAGCUCCCGUACAUAAGAUACUCGGCGUUCGAUUGCCUCAACGGUCCGUAUCCAGAUUUUGGGAUAUAACAAUCUCUAAUGGCCUAAUAUAUUCGAUUGAACCUCAUACGGCGGAAUCCCUGGCCACUCGAGACUGUCCUGGUGUCCUAGACGCGUCUGGGCGACUACUGGCUCCCUCUUUGUGCCAUGCUCACAUUCAUUUAGACAAAUGCUUUCUCCUGCAAGAUUCAAAGUAUGCGGAUCUUGAAAUCAUCUCGGGUGAUUUCAGCGAAGCAAUGAGAUUAACAGGCCAGGCCAAAGCUAGGUUUAGAGAAGACGAUCUAUUGCGAAGAGGGAGACAGCUCAUCGAGGAGAGCAUAUCGUUUGGUGUAACGUCGAUGCGCGCUUUUGUCGAGGUCGAUGGCCAGGUCAACUUCAGAUGUCUGCAUGCUGGACUUCAACUCAAGAGCGAGUUUGUUGAGCGGUGCAGCAUCCAGAUCUGUGCCUUUGCACAGUUACCCCUAUUUUCCGGCGAAGAUGGAGGGGAGGAGAUCAGGGUGCUGAUGAUAGAAGCAGCACAAACAGAGGGUGUGGACGUAGUUGGAAGCACUCCCUACGUCGAAACUGAAGUCAGCAAGUGUAAGCAGAACAUGCGCUGGAUCAGUAGCCUGGCCAUUGCCAAUGACAAGAUGCUCGAUCUGCAUAUGGACUACCACUUGGACGACCAGAAAGAACCUAUGAUUUGGUCAGCGUUGCAAACCAUAAAAGAACGUGGUUGGAACGAGCGCGGUGGAAAAGGCAUUUGCAUGGGCCAUUGCACUCGUUUCACACUGUUCGAGAGUGAUGAAUGGGAAAGACUAAGAGACGAAUGCCGCAGUCUACCUGUUUCAUUCGUGGGCCUCCCUACAUCAGAUCUGUUCAUAAUAAGACCUGCGCCGGGAGCAAGAGGAACGCUGCCUAUUACAGCGCUGAUUCGAGAUUUUGAUUUGAACGCUGCCAUUGCAGUCAAUAAUGUUGGGAAUGCGUUCACUCCUCAUGGAUCUUGUGACCCCCUAGCCGUUGCAUGUCUUGGUGUUGGUGUUUAUCAUGCCGUUACGAAAGCCGACGCAGAACUAUUAUAUGAAUGUGUAUCGAUUCGAGCGAAAACGCUGAUCGGCGAGGAACAAACUGCUAGUGGUUCUCUCGAGCUUAGCGUCGGUGAUCCAGCAGACUUUGUGAUAUUUGAUCGGGAUGAUCACGGCUGGCGAAACAGGAAAAGCAUUGCAGAGGCUGUCUACGACGCCGGAAAUAGCAGGCAGACUAUUAGGAGAGGAAAAAUAACAAACCCGUGAUGCGCACGCCACGUGUGUCACGAGAGGUCACUCGCUACGCAUAUCUGCCUUCGCCACCAUGUUCAAAAUCAUCUAGUUAGGUAAAAUUCGAAAUAGUUGCGUUAUAAAUGAUGAUUAGUAAGAACCUGUAAGACCUGUACGAUAAUCUAUACCUUUAUAGAGACUUCACUCCAG